AUGGAUUUCCGCACAAUGGAAGAAGCCUUGGAUAUUCCAAAAUCUACUCAGCACGACUACUUCGCCGCUGGCAUCAUUGUCCACAAACACUCGUCGUUGAAACCGUUGCUGACCCCCGAAAACAUGCAAGCAAGAAAGCAAUACGCGCUCGCCUUCACAAAUGUCGUCUCUGGCUCUGUCGUUUUCGACGCCAUGAUGGACCGAACGGCAGUUGCCCGGCCGCGGGUCGUCGACGGAAUCCAGUUUGACGGCAUACUUGGUAUUUGGCCCUUCGUUGAACAAAUCGCCGCAAAGCAGCGCAGCCACCGCCAACCACCCAACAGCCCAGAUCUAAACAUAUUGGAUCUGGGCUUCAUUAACCCCAUCCAAACGCUGCAGCAGAAGAUGCCAGCUUACACUGUGGACGAGUUGAUCAGCAACGUGAACGUUGCAUACCUCAACGUACCCGAUGAGUCGCUCGACAACGUGUUCUUCACGUUGCAGACUGUAUUAGAAUGUAUUCUGGAGACAGAUGGAAACAACAAGUUCAAGCUCAAACACAUCGGCAAAUAA